CCCGCCAUCCCCGUCUGCAACUAGAGAGCGGACAUGUUAGCCCUGUUUUAGCGGGGAUAAACGCUGCAUUUACCGAGUAGUUGUAUACUUAAGGAAGGGGUUUUCUGGUAGCGAAAUCAUGGAUGCCGUAAAUGCUUUCAACCAUGAGCUGUUCUCCUUGAUGGACAUGAAGCCCCCAAUAUCUCGGGCCAAGAUGAUAUCCAUCACUAAGUCAGCCAUCAAAGCUAUGAAGUUAUAUAAACAUGUGGUCCAGAUUGUUGAGAAGUUCAUUAAAAAGUGUAAGCCGGAGUACAAGGUGGCAGGUCUAUAUGUUGUAGACUCCAUCGUCCGACAGUCCCGUCACCAGUUCGGCGUGGACAAGGAUGUGUUCGGGCCACGGUUCACCAAGAACAUCACGGGAACGUUUGAGAACCUCUGUCUCUGUCCCACUGAAGAACGAAGUAAGAUAGUGCGUGUGUUGAAUCUGUGGCAGAAGAAUGGUGUGUUUAAGAUGGAGAUCAUUCAGCCUCUUCUAGAUAUGGCUACAUCUGGAUCCAGCAGUGCUGCAGCUGCAUACACAGAGAUGGACGACCCAGACCCAGGUUUUCCCCCAUCCCCUUCGCCAGUAAAGGGUCCGGUCACCUCCGUAACGGAAAACUCUGUUGUGGCGCCGGUCCCUCCGGUUCAGAAUUCUGGCGCAUUCGCUGCUGUCGCUCAGCUCUUCCAGUCCUCAAAGGGACAGCAGCUUCAACAAAUGCUCCAGACCUUCCAACAACAUCCAUUAAAGCCUCAGACCCAUCCCUUCCCACCCCCGACUCACAACCACCCCCAGGCUCAACCCCAUCCCCAGCCGCAUCUCCAGGCUCAACCCCAUCCCCAGCCGCAUCUCCAGGCUCAACCCCAGCCUCCAGCCAACCUCCACUCCCAGCCCCAGCCCCUCACCCCCGGCCUGGGUACGGCCGCUCAGCGACUCCCCCUCCCCUCCAGCGAGCCCUCCCGGCAGAAAACAGCGUUUGACAAGGUGGCUACGCUAUUGGACCGUUUUGACUAUGAUGAUGAGCCUGAGGGAGCCGACGAAUCAAAGAAGGACGAGACAUCUUUUACCCAGCAGCCUCCAGGUUUCCCCCAGCACUUUCAACAACACAUGAUGGGCGUGGCCCAAGACCCCACACACCAGAUAUCUCUCCCUCCAAACGGCCAGCUCCAGGGUUAUGGCUUGCUGCCGGGCCAGGCCUACCCAGGAAUGGUGCGUCCUCCUGGACAGGUCCACCCAGGCCAGCCCCUCCCUGGCACAGGACCUCCAGGCUUCCCUGGGGGAUACCCUCAACACGCGGGCCAGCAAGAACAGGAUAUGAAUAUGGACCUGGACCCCCCCUCGAUGAAGGAGGGAAGACACCGACCAGACUUGGACCCCCCCUCCACGAAGGAGGGAAGACACCGACCAGACGGCAGGAAGUCACCAUCAGGAUCCAGGUCUCCUAAGAGGAGGCGGUCAAGGUCCAACUCUAGAACACAGCGGUCCAGAAACAGACGCUCUCGCUCACGGUCCCGUGACCGCCGCCGACACUCCCCACGAUCACGCUCCCUGGAACGCAGGGAGAGGGAGAGGGAGAAGGAGAAGGAGAGGGACAGACGUCAGAAAGGACUGCCGCAGCCCAAGGCUGACACGCUGAGCGUGUGCAGUACCACUCUGUGGGUGGGUCAGUUGGACAAGAGAACACAGCAGCAGGACGUUGCCUGUCUACUGGAGGAGUUUGGACAGAUAGACUCCAUCAACAUGAUUCCUCCUCGGGGUUGUGCCUACAUUGCCAUGGUCCACAGACAGGAUGCCUUCAGAGCGCUGCAGAAACUCAGCAGAGGAUCGUACAAAGUCAACCAGAAAGCCAUCAAGAUUGCGUGGGCGUUGAAUAAGGGUAUCAAGGCAGAGUUGAAGCAGUACUGGGACGUGGAGCUGGGUGUUACCUUCAUCCCCUGGUCUAAGAUACGACAGGACCAGAUAGAGGACAUCCGAGAGGGAGGGACGCUGGACCCAGACACACUGGACCCAGAGUGGAGGGAUGUUCGGAACAACCUGGAGACACCAGAGGAGUUCAGACAAAAUGGCCGCUCUGAGCCGUUAGCCAUGAUGGAGGACACCGCAGUGACCCCACCUGUAGGCGCUCCUGUACAGGUUCCUCCCUCGUCAUCUCCUCUACCCCAGGUACAUCCGGUCCAGGUGCAGUCGAUGGGAGGUGUAGGUUCUCUCCAGCAGCACCCCUCCUUCCCCCCCGGGCCUGGCCCUCCUGGUGGCCCCCCUAUGGGCCUGCCUCCCCCUUCCUUCCCCCCUGGCGCCCCCCCGGGACCUCCUCCCUCCUUCAUGAGACCAGGACCAAGGUUCAACCCCAUGCAGAUGAUGCCACCAGGUUUCCCUCCGCCUGGGUCGAUGCCCCUGGGCCCCUCUGGCCACCCCCUCAGCAGCAGGGGGUGAAGGGGUAGUGGACCUGUCUCUAGAUCCAGCCGGCCUGGGUAUCCAGGUGUCUGGUCCUCCAGGGUGCCCACCAGGCGGUCCCAUCCCACCGUCUGGAGGUCUUCUUGGGGCUCGUCCCGGCAUGAUCCCCCUCCAGCGCCCCCCAGUCCACUCUCCUGGUCCGGUCCUCCCCCCACCUCACAUGCAGCGCUUCCCUCCUCCCCACGGUGGCCCACAUGGCCCCCACCCGCCUCGGGGCCCCCCCCA